GACGGUGUCGGAGUGGGAGGCGCUUAGAGCAGCUUGGGACCAGGGUCGCGCGCACGUCUCUCCUAAACGCUCUUCAGGGUGUUUGCAGAAACAUCUGUUCGUUUCCUGCACAGCAACCCGGCUGCAAGAAACAGACCAUGUCUAUUCUCAAGAUCUGUGCCCGAGAGAUCUUUGACUCCCGUGGGAACCCCACUGUUGAGGUUGACCUCUGCACCUCAAAAGGUCUCUUCCGAGCUGCCGUGCCCAGUGGUGCCUCCACAGGCAUCUACGAGGCCCUCGAACUCCGUGACAAUGAUAAGACUCGCUACAUGGGGAAGGGUGUCUCAAAGGCUGUUGAGCACAUCAAUAAAACUAUCGCACCUGCUCUGGUUAGCAAGAAACUGAGUGUUGUGGAACAAGAGAAGAUCGACAAGCUGAUGAUUGAGAUGGACGGCACUGAAAAUAAAUCGAAAUUUGGUGCAAACGCCAUCCUGGGAGUGUCCCUGGCUGUCUGCAAAGCUGGUGCCGCAGAAAAGGGAGUGCCCCUUUAUCGUCACAUCGCUGACUUGGCUGGCAACCCCGAAGUUAUCCUGCCGGUUCCCGCUUUCAAUGUGAUCAACGGCGGUUCUCAUGCUGGCAACAAGCUGGCCAUGCAGGAGUUCAUGAUCCUCCCUGUGGGGGCUUCCAGUUUCCGGGAAGCCAUGCGUAUUGGGGCAGAGGUUUAUCACAACCUGAAGAAUGUCAUCAAGGAGAAAUAUGGGAAGGAUGCCACCAACGUGGGUGACGAGGGCGGAUUUGCGCCUAACAUCCUGGAGAACAAAGAAGCCCUGGAGCUGCUGAAGAACGCAAUUGGGAAGGCCGGCUACACUGACCAGGUUGUCAUUGGCAUGGAUGUGGCUGCCUCUGAGUUCUUCAGAUCUGGCAAGUAUGACCUGGACUUCAAAUCUCCUGAUGAUGCCAGCAGGUACAUCACGCCCGACCAGCUGGCUGACCUCUAUAAGUCCUUCAUCCAGAACUAUCCAGUGGUGUCCAUCGAAGAUCCCUUCGACCAGGAUGACUGGGAGGCCUGGAAGAAGUUCACUGCUAGUGCAGGCAUCCAGGUGGUUGGGGACGAUCUCACAGUAACCAACCCUAAGAGGAUUGCCAAGGCUGUGAGUGAGAAGGCCUGCAACUGCCUCCUGCUCAAAGUGAACCAGAUCGGCUCUGUGACCGAGUCUCUGCAGGCGUGUAAGCUGGCCCAGUCCAAUGGUUGGGGCGUCAUGGUGUCCCAUCGCUCUGGAGAGACUGAAGAUACUUUCAUCGCUGACCUGGUGGUAGGACUCUGCACUGGGCAGAUCAAGACUGGUGCCCCAUGCCGAUCUGAGCGCCUGGCCAAGUACAAUCAGAUCCUUAGAAUCGAGGAAGAGCUGGGCUGCAAGGCCAAGUUUGCCGGAAGGUGCUUCAGAAACCCCAUGGCCAAGUAAAGUUGUGGAGAACCCUGGAGCCACCAGCUGCUUCCACCCUAUCCCUGAUGUCAACAAGGCAGCUCAAAGCUGGCCCAGCGCUUGUCUCCCCCAUGCCUCUGCUUCCUUAGACAGCCACACCUGACCACCUUGAGCCCGCUGGAAAGCCCAGCUUUGUAAUCAUGUGAUUGGUCUAAAUCAUUGUUUCUGUCACCUCACUUCCAAGCUAAGUGUCUGAAGCCCAGUGUAAUCUUUAGGGUGGCCGCAGGUAAGAUCCCUGCCCCAGCAGUUCUACAUGCAAAAUAAAAGCCUCAGUGACCCAUAA